AUGAAGGCAAUUGUUCUAUUCGCAUUAGUAAUCGUACAGAUAAUAACCGACAAUGUGGCAGACGAUAAUAUUAUGGCCUCCAAAGCCAGUAGCAUACCCGAGGAAGAGACCACUGACUCUGCUGAAUACGAUAAUACCAAUGACUUAGUUCAAAAAAUGGAUGCCCUCUUGGCGGAGACGAAGGAGAUAACUCAGAAAAUUGAUGAUUUAACCAAAAGGCAAGAGGAACUGGAAGGGAACAUGGCAAAAAUAGUGGAGCAACAAAUGUCAUCGAUGAAUGUCACCCUGAAGGAGAAAGAAAGCCUUGACACUUUACAAUAUUGGACAACAAUUGUCAGACGCAUGGACGGCUCUGUCAAUUUUUACAGGAACUGGCGAUCCUAUAAAAUGGGUUUUGGUAAUCCACCUCACGGUGAAUUCUUCAUUGGCCUAGACAGAUUGCAUGAAUUGACGACAGCCGUUCCAAACAUCGAACUUAAAGUGAUUUUAAGAGGUUGGCAGGGUGAGGAACGUUAUGCUCUCUAUGAUGGCUUCCAAAUCGGAAAUGAAGCCGAGAAAUAUCAACUCAAGGUACUAGGCAAAUACAGUGGCACUGCUGGUGAUUCCUUGGAAUAUAACAAAGGUGCGAAGUUUACUACCUUCGAUGAGGAUAAUGAUAACUAUGGUGAUGGUAAUUGUGCCAUUGAGUAUAAAGGGGCUUGGUGGUUUGAUCGUUGUUCGUACAGUCAUCUGUUUGGAAAAUAUAAAAAUGAGAAGGAUGCAACAUCAUUGGGGAUUGAAUG